CUAUAAUAUCAAUUAUUGAAGUUAUCGAUUAGUCAUCGGUACCUAUAAGAAUUUCAGUUGUUUUUGUCACCGGAUUAUAUUCUUAAAUUAGAUUUUAAACAUUCGUACCGACCGAACGUUCUGUAUAUGAAAUCGUGUCAUUAAUCAUAAUUCAUAUUAUUAUCCUUAUCCCUUAUACGUAUCGAAUGCUGCGGUGUUAUAUUCGCGGUGUCCUCCUACUCAAGUUCAACAACCGUCUCGAACGAGACGAUGAUGAUGACUGGUUCGCGCCAUUGUUGGGAGUUGAUUAGUACUACGCCUAAUUCAUUGUUUAAUAUAAUAAAUCGUUGAUAAAAAAAAAAAAAAAAAAAAAAAAAAAAAACGAAACAAAACAAAACAAAAAAAAAAACCCGUUGUAAAUACUUCUCGGGACUUUGAUUGCCGAUAUAUAAGUCGUAAGAUUCGUAUUCGCGGUCAGUAUAUUCACAAUAGGAAGUUGAGAAGUACAACGCAACGACACCGCCACGAUGGUUAGAGUAAGUGUAAAAUAUCGUAGUGAUCUAUUGUCGUAAUAUUUAACACUCGUAUCUGCAACAUUUAACUACUCUACUUUUAAUACACCGCCCGAAUUCUAAAUGUCAAACGUAUAACUAUUCACGUUUACCAUGUCGUAUAUUAUUCGAAAUGUUUUCAUUCAUAUAUAUUGAUUAUACGGUUCGGCGUUCUCCUUAGGUAAUUACAAUUUUGCUGGUGAUUAUAUCGGGAAUCCUGUGCAGCGGAGCACAACAAGGGGUGUCCAGUACCCAAGCCGGUCAGACUUUACAAAUACAGCCGAACGUAAGGAAAUACAACAAACACACCGCUACAGAAAGUAAGUAGAAAAAAAAAAAAAAUAUAUUUAUUCGCAAUCGAUAAUAACGCAGUGCAUUAUGUUAACUUAAAAACUGUACAACUACUCUCGUAUUAAACAUUAUCUUUUAUACCUAAUGAAAUACACGCGUCCCUUAUGAAAUCCCCUAAUGUUCUUUUUAUCCACCAAUGUGUAGAACAAAUUACGCGAAAAAAUCACUAUAUAUAGCUAAAAUGAUGUCCAUAGCCAAUAACAAUAUUAAUAAUUUCUACCAAGAGCACAUCAACUGUUGAUUGUAAUUAAUAAUGUAACUGUAGUAUUUAAUUAAUGUGUUAUAUAAUUCAUAUACAGAGUGAUAAAUCUAUCGUAAGACAAUCGUUAUCACGGAAAAUAUUAACUUUUUCCGGAAUUAGAUUUUUAGAAUAUUUAAGAAACUAGCUGUUUUACAAUUUUAUAUUUAUGUUACUUUUUGUCAGCUUUAUUUUCGAGGGUAAAACUACCUACUUUUGAUUUUCAAAUGGCAACUUAUAUUAAAAAUUGCGCAAAUAGAUGGAGUAUUAAUUAAAAUAAUUUUUGGUGUUGAAAUUUUUGAUUUCCGUUUGUCCGUUGACGAGAUAUUCUACUUUUAAUUAUGGGUUGGUGAAGAGUAGUGGUGCAUUAUUAACACGCCACGCGACGUACCCUCACACAAAUAUUACUCCACUACACUUCUCCAAACCAAACAUAAAAGUGGAAUAUCUCGUCAAUGGAUUGACGGAAAUCAAACAUUUUAACACUACAAUUUAUUUUAAUUAAUACUCCAUCUAUUUGCGCAAUUUUUAAUAUAGGUUGUCAUUUGAAAAUCAAAAAUAGGUAGUGGUUUUACUCCUGAAAAUAAGGGUGACAAAAAGUAACAUAAAUUUAAAAUUAUAAAACAACUUGUUUCUUAAAUGUUCUAAAAAAUUAAUUCCCGGAAAAAAUUAAUACUUUCCGAGCUUAUGAGUGUCUUAUUGUAGAUUGAUCACUCUCGUAUAUUGUAUAAAAUCCGAAUGGCGUAAAUUCAUAUAAAUAAAAAUAAAAUAAAUAAAUUGUCUACGUGCAAAAUAUGUCUCCGGUUUAAAUAUUUAAUUCAAGUAAUAAUAAUAAUUUAUAAAAAAAAAAAAUUGCUCGGCGAACAGACAAUAUUUCCACAGAUAAAUUAAAUAUUUGUCACGAGUUGUUAUUUUGUUUACCAACGGUUUAUGAUAAACUGCCGUUGAGCUUUAAAAUUUAUAUUUUAUCUUUAUUGGUUUGUUCGGAAUUCAAAUGUUUCGUGAAAAAUUCAUCGUCCGGCAGGCCCAUGAUUAAGGGGUGGGUGAGGUUUUACCUGUUUUUGUUUUGCAUCUAGAGGUCAAUGACAGUUAUUGGUUUUAUCGAAUUAAAGGCGAGUUUACUCCUGCAUAACUCCAGAUUUAUAAUGUGUGGUCGAUAAAUUUUUAUUUGCGUUUUGGACUCUCGAUCACACUAAUAAUUGAUGUAUUUAUUUUAUGAAUUUAUUAUAAUUAUUAUUUUUUUUUCGUAAUCCCCCACGAAGAAAUUCUGCACACGGGUCCAAGGCACUCACAAGUAGGGUAUAGGAGGGACAACUCCACCCUAGCUUUCCGGCAAGUUAAAAUAAUUAUAUGUAAAUUCAAUGUCUUAAAAUCCCAAAAGUCAUUAUUGGUACCAAGGUGUACUGAUAUUUAUCGAUACACCUUGAUUGAUACCUAUAGCCGUAGUCGCAAUUGGUAGUCGGUUAGGUAUACUAAAGUUUUAAGCGUAUAAUAAGAGCUUUUAAUGAAUUUUAUGGAGAUUUCGUUUUUCUUUGGGAGUCCUACACCGAGACUCAGCCUCAUAGACCACCAACAUUUGUUGUGCUAAAAUAAACAAUUACACAUUUCAUUUAAAAUUUUCUUUAUGAAAAUACAUCAUAACUUGUUAACUUCAAUUUUUAUACACACGGGCAUCGUCCGUGUGGGUAAUUUGUAUUUUGUUCUGCUUAUUAAUCGUGAAAUACAUGGAUAAAGCAUUUAAUCGAUACUGUAUAUAAUCAAGCUCAUUGGGUUUUUUUUAUGGGGGCGCUAAAGGCUCCCUGCAUCCCUACCCCAAGUCGCGCCUGUGCAGUCAGCACCGACCUAACUCCGAUCGGUGCUUACGAGUCGCCUCCCACCGUCAUCGUAAAUAAAAAGGUUCGUGUUCACUAAUCGCCUCCGACGAUUAAGUUGUUCAAGAUUAUAUACGAGUAGCCUCCCAAACGUGAUCACACUAGUCGCCUCCCACAUUAAAUAAAACAGUGGUUCACAAAGUAAACUGUAUUUAAUAUAAUAAUUAUAAUUUUACUAAAAAUAAUAACAUCAUUGGUGAAUAAAAACCAUUCGGUAAUACAAUUCGUCAAUGAUAAAACACUGAUCAUUUCUCGCAUUUCAAUAUGAUCCAUUAUUCAAAGAACUAAUGAAAAAAUGUUAAACCAUUAGGUAAUUGUAGAUAUAAAUUAGAACGAGUGUUGAAACUCAACUAACGAGUAAGGACAGUUAUCAUAACAGCAGAGUAAUCUUUAAUAUUAAUCGUAUAAUCUUAUCAAUGCACAACGAUCACAAAUUACGACUUUAAAUGUAUAAACCCAUAAUCCAAUGCUGGCUGAUACGUUAUUAAUAACUAAUAAGUAACAACCACCGUGAUAAAAGAUUUAAACAAAUCUAUAUACCGAUGCAUGAUUUUUGAAAAUUGUUGAACCGUUUGUGAACCACUUACACGUUCAUUAUAUGCCUAUUGGGAGGCGACUAGUAUGCGCCCAACUCCGAUUAUGUUAUAGUUAAAAAAACAAAAAACGAAAAAUUUUGCAUAAAAUACACAAUCGUUUGGACUGUAUACGUAUCUAUAAUAUUGUUUUUGGAUUAUUUUUAAGAACCUUGUACAACUGCAGGCUCGACGUCGGGCACGCGGAAGGACAAACCGGGCGACAAUUCGGACGCGCAGGACUACGUGCCCAUAGGUGGCCCGGCCCCCGGUACUGGAUACCCGUACCCGUAUCCCGCGUACCCGUACCCGUAUCAGCCGGUGGCCCCGGUCCCCGGAAGCCUGGUGCUGGUGCCGAGCGGCGGCCCGUACCGGCCCGCGCCACAGUACCCGUACGAGCCGCAGUACCCGGUUGACGGGGCACAGCCACCGGCUCCGUACUAUCCUCCGUAUUACCCGGCGACACCGUCACCGCCGCCGCCGUACCCUGCGUUACCGUAUCCGCCGCCGCCGCCACCGCCCGCGUACCCAGCACCGCAAACGUUGUACGAGCAAGCGACCGUCAUCGAAGCGUACCGCUCGCCACAGCUUCCUCCGUACCUGCAGCAGCAGCCGACCGGCGAACAAUCGCAGUUUUUCAGACAGCCCGUCACCGCCGGACAGUACUAUUACGGGUCGCCGCAACAAUCGGGCCCGCCUCCGCCUCACUUCAGGGCUCACGCGCACAACAGACCGAUGCCAACGGCAGCACCGCCCGCGUUUCUCCAGCAACGGGACGCCUCGCCCACCGCGACCUCUGUUCCCGCAACCGCCGCCGCCGCCAACAAUAAUGCCGAACCGCAAUACGAACAACAGCAAUCCGGGCCGUUCGACGGUAACCAGUUUCAUUACUAACGCAGCGGACCGCAUUAAAAACGUUUGCUACUUGGUGACCGCGACACCCGCCAACCGACUUAUGUUGGUCUUGUAUGUAAUCCGCAAAGUAAUCCUGUGAACAACGCGAGAGACGAUUUUGAAAAUAUUACAUCUUCACACGCAAUAAUACAUUAGGCUAAUUAUUAACUAUACUGUUAUAGUAUUAAUAAACGAAUACUUACUUCUAUAUUCGUAGGCGAUCAGCUUGUAUUUUGAUUAUUGUACUCUAGCGUUUAUAGUGUAGAUAAUAUUUUAGGCGCCUAUUACAAUAUGGCAUUAUUUUUUAAUUUUUUUUUUUUUUUUAAUUUAAUAAUUUAAAAUGUAUAAUGGUAUAUUUAGUUUUCAUUUAGUUUGAAUACACAUUCGUCGUUCGUCGAUAA